UCUUAACUCAUCACCCCCCACCACACCAUCACCACUCAGCCAUUGUCUUUUAGCAGAUAACUCUCAAAACAAGCUACUCCUCCUAGUUCAAUACGAGAAAAUGCCAGCGAAACUCCACAAGUCCCUCCAUGCUUACCUCUCUAAGAUCAAACCCCCUACUCCUCCUAUUUCUUUUUCAUAUUCUAAGAACUGGGUUUUAUCUGGCUGCAGAAACCCCAAGACCCCAUCAUUUACCACUGAUCGUAGCCUAAACGUCGAGGGACACAACGAUAGGGAUGGUGCGGCGACACUCUCCGAUAUUGAUCGCUUCCUCUUUGAGAAUUUUAAAUCUCUUUAUAUUAAAAACGGCGAGGAUGAUCAUUACCCAAAGAAGAAAAGUGAAGAAGGAGAAGAACGACAAGAAGAAGAAGAAGAUGGAGAUUAUGAUCAAGUUCGCAGUCCACGCUGGGUAUUAUAUCACGAUCAUGAUGAAUUAUCCCCUAGGUUCUAUGACAUACCACCGGACCUCUGUGGGUCCCACCGAUUCUUCGUCACCGCUGGCUCGUCCAGAUCGCUCAUCGAGGAGGCCCGGUCGAGUCUGACCGCCACCUCCGUGGAAGGAGAAUCAAGUUCAACCUCAACCAGCUGCAACACCAUAAUUGACUCUGCGAUAAGUUGUUCUAAUAGUAUUGACGUAAAGAACAUAAACGUUGCACUUCCUAACGAUUGUGUCGCACUAAUAAAGUACUCUCGGAGACCGAACGACGAUUUCCGGCAGUCCAUGCAGGAAAUGGUGGAAGCAAGAUUACAAGAGAAAGGGAAGGUGGGUUGGGAUUUCAUGCAAGAACUUUUGUUCUGUUACUUGGACUUAAAUGAAAAGAAGUCACAUAAGUUCAUAUUGAGUGCUUUCGUGGAUCUUAUUGUGGGUUUGCGUCGACGUUCCGGUAAAGUUCCAGCGAAGCCACGGAGGAGGAGUAGUUGUUGAAUUGGGAGUGAGAGGAGGAGGAAAUUGAGGAAUGUUACGUAAGAUUUUAGUUAUACUACUGUUUUUGGCCUUAUUCGCCUAGUCCUCACAUGCAAUAUGCAUUAUUUAUGCGUUGAUUAGUAAAUUUCGAGACCAAAAUACUUUAAUUUAAGAUUUACGAUUUGUAAUCUUGUGGUUUUUGGUGAGAGAUUGCAGAUGGUCUUGUCGGUUGCUUGUUCCCUGGUGAUUCACUAGGGAUUCAUGGAUGGGAUGUCAUACAUGAAGAGAGAUUUGUCUCAACCAACUGUCUAUAUUUAUGAUUAAUUUACAAUUUAAUUAGAAAUACAAGCUAUAGAUUUUAUAAGAUGGGUACUUUAUUUUUUAGGUAAGAUGAAGCUCCCUUUCAAGA